AUGCAGAUCUGGCACGUCACCCCCUUUGCCCUCCUCGUCCUGGGUAAGCCGCAGGCACCGGCGCCGCCUCCUAAAAACUCGUCGUCGCCGUCUGCCCCUCCAGGUGCACCACCCGUGCCGCCACCGUCAACGCCUCCGGCAACCCCCACUCCGUCUGGCAGCCCGACCCCGGCGCCCAAGGGCCCCAUCUGCGAAUGCGGCUACACUUAUUGCGCCUCUGUGUUGAAGGCUAUGAAGGCACCUUGGUCUAACAAGGAACUCGCCGAAGCUUACUGCAAGACCCCGAACGCGUCGUGCCCCAACGGCAAGCCCAGCACCAACGUGGACAAUGCCUUGUACGUUUGCCUCUGCGAGAAGGCGGACCAGAAGACGGGCACGCACCUGGACCUCCUGUGUGGGUGUGACAAGUGCCUGGUUGUCGGGCCGGACUUUCGAGGACGGUGUGAGACGCCGUGCUCUCCAGGCAGUCACAAGUAG